UAAGAAGCAAUUAAAAACAAGACGCCACCUGCACAAGAUGAAGAGAAAUUUUGAACCCAAGCAUUUUACAUGAGAUAUUUGAAGUGUCAAUUCAAGCGCCUACGCUUCAAUCUGAUCCGUUCUUUGGCGAGUCCUAAUGCAAUUCUUCUUGGCCCUGGACAGGAUGACACGGUGCCUCGUAAGCCCUAGGUUUCGUCUAAAGUUUGAACUUAUCUAAUGCCCAGGAUUUGUUCAAUGGCGUCCGAGCCCAAUGAUGUCACAAAACAAACUACUUUUCCUUCCCAUGUUUUGAAGAUCGGCAUUGUGGGAUUUGGGAAAUUUGGGCAAUUUCUGGCCAAGACAAUGAGCAGGCAGGGCCAUACCCUUAUUGCUACUUCACGCUCUGACUACUCUGAUAUUUGCCAGGCUCUGGGAGUCACAUUCUUCAGGGAUCCCCAAGAGUUCUGCAAAGAGCGUCCGGAUGUGAUAAUGGUGUGCACAACCAUUCUGGCCAUGGAAUCCACCCUGCGUUCUCUUCCAUUGGAGGAGCUCUACAUUACUAACACUCUCUUUGUAGAUGUGCUCUCUGUCAAAGAGUUUCCAAGAAAUCUAUUCUUGGAGGUUUUGCCUGAGCAAUGUGAAAUUCUAUGUACUCAUCCAAUGUUUGGACCAGAGAGCGGCAAAGACAGUUGGGCAGGUCUUCGCUUUGUCUAUGAUAAAGUCCGCGUUGGCAAAGAGGGCAGCUGUGCACAAAAGUGCAAUGAUUUUCUCUCAAUAUUUGAAUCUGAGGGGUGUAAAAUGGUGGAGAUGUCAUGCACAGAACAUGACCGUUAUGCUGCAGAAACUCAGUUUUUGACUCAUACUGUGGGAAGGAUCUUGUCACUUAUGAACUUGGAGCCCACACCCAUUGACACAAAAAGUUAUGAGACACUCAGACAUUUGACUGAGACUAUGUCCGGGCAUAGCAUGGAUCUGUAUAAUGGAUUGUUCCUAUGCAAUGCCAAUAGUAUGGAACAGAUGGAGAAACUUGAACGAGCAUUUGACACUGUGAAAAAUGAUCUAUUGGGAAGAUUGCACGGUAUGAUUAGCAAGCAGCUUGUACACCGAGUCCCUGGCUCUGCACCUAGUCCUCCUGCCUCUUCUACCAUGGACGCCAAUUCUCUCAAAGGGGCUGAAAAAAGUAAAAUUCAGACAUAGUUCGACUUGGAGGCAGUUUAUCAUAUAAAACUACUAAACAUUAUAUUUGGUUAAGUUUUCUACAGUUUAAUAUUUACUAUUUGUAAAUUAAAGUUAAAGAAGUAUAUAUAUCAGAAAAAUUAAUGUA